CUGUUGAAAGGUUGAUAGCAUUUUCAUGAGGAGGAGCAGCAAUAUGGGGAUGUUCCUACAAGCAAAAGGAGAGUACUGUUAAUCUGCUCUGUCCUGUCCUGUCUCCUUAAUUUUGACCUGGGAAAAGGGAAUGCUGAGCCUGAAGCAAGUAGCCAGAACUUGGGGCCAGGAAAAGACUAAGCUGAGAAAUCUAUAGGGAGAGGCCAAAGCCCAGUGCAUGGGAAAGAAAGUAGUAUAGGCCUAAGAAGGUCAGAAAAAGGCAAAUUUAAACCUACAACUUUGUUUGCGAAUCUCAUGGGGGGACUGCCUGACAACUCUUUUUUGCAUUUUUGGCACUGUUUACAAAUGGCUGUGGAUUAAGUCUCUGCAACUGGAUGAUGAGGUUAUCCAGCUCAACAGGGGUCAGCCUGUACUGAUGGACAGUGUGAAGAAGGGUGUGGUGAGCUAUUCUACACAGUUUGGAGACCUCUGGAGUUUUGUUUAUUAUGCUGGUGUUUGAGAUCUGAACAGCAGCUGAGCCCCAAAACAGCAGAGGAGCAGCAUGCAAUCUGCCUUCUGGCUUUAUGGCAUUAUAGGCUGGAAAAGACCUCUUAAGAUCCAGUCCAACCAUUAACCCAGCACUGCCAAGUCUGCCACUAAACCACAUCCUUAAGUGCCACAUCUACAUGUUCUUUAAAUGCCACCAGGGAGGGGGACCCUACCAUUUCUCUGGCUAGCCUGUUCCAGUGUUUGGCAACUGUUUUGGUGAAAUAAGCUUUUCCUCAUAUUUAAUAUAAGCCUCCCCUGGCACCACUUGAGACCAUUUAUUCUUAUAAUGUUGCUUGUUUCUUUAGAAGAGACCAAUCCUCACUUUGCUACAACAUCUCUUGAGGCAGGUGUAGAGAGGGUUGAGAUAUCCCCUGAGCCUCAUUUUCUUCAUGCUGUACCUUGGCUGCUCCUCACAGGACUUACUUUUUCUUCCUUUUUUGUGGGUGUUUUGAUCUCUGGUGACGGAUUCAUAGAAAUUAUUUCCAGCUUGUAUUUUUUGGGCCUAAGAUCAGCUGGGCCAAGUGCACCCCAGACAGAGGAUGGCCAGAGAAUACCAUCCACUUACAUCAGAGGCACAAGACUUGGUGUUUGGGAACAUCCUCUCCUCACCAGGGUAACUAACUCCCAGAAGACUCUCAUACAGGGGAUUUCUCCUCUCAUCCUGCCUCCCUCUUCAGCAUCUUGCACGAGCCCUGCAGCUUCAAGGUUUGCUGUUGUCUCAUCUGUGAGGGGAUCAGAGCUUCCCUCUAAGGGGAUGGAUCCCCAGACAGAGAGACCCAAGAAAAUGAACACACAGCAUCUUAUUGCUGACAGGCAGGAAGGAAUUGGUAUCUGUGGCUGGAUCCUGGUUUCCCUUUCAUUCCUCCUGGUGCUUAUUACCUUUCCUAUUUCCAUCUGGGCAUGUAUCAAGGUUGUCAGAGAAUAUGAACGUGCUGUUGUAUUUCGUCUGGGACGUAUUCUGUCUAAGAAAGCAAAGGGACCAGGAAUGAUCCUUGUACUUCCAUGCACAGAUACAUUUAUCAAGGUUGAUCUCAGGACGGUUACCUGUAAGAUUCCUCCACAAGAGAUUCUCACGAGGGAUGCUGUUCCUGCCCAGGUGGAUGGGGUGGUGCACUACAGGAUCCACAGCGCUGUCAGUGCUGUUGCCAAUGUCACUGAUGUCCACUCUGCAACCUUGCUUCUGGCACAGACAGCCCUGAGAAAGGCUCUGGGUACACAGAGCUUGGCUCAGCUGCUGGCAGGUCGUGAGGAGAUUGCACACAGUAUCCAGGCUGCCCUCGACAGUGCCACGGAGCAGUGGGGAGUCAAAGUGGCCCGUGUGGAGAUCAAAGACAUCCGGAUCCCCAUGGCCAUGCAGAGGGCAAUGGCAGCUGAAGCAGAGGCUGCUCAAGAGAAAAAAGCUAAGGUUGUGGCAGCUGAAGGAGAAAUGAAUGCUUCCAAAGCUCUCCAGAAGGCCUCCAUGGUGCUGGCUGAGUCUCCAGCAGGUCUGCCACUGCGUUACCUGCAAACAUUAACAGCUGUGGCAGCACAGAAUAAUUCCACUAUUGUCUUCCCUCUCCCUAUGAAUAUGUUUGGGAGUUUGGGGCAGAAGCGUACAGGGGGAUAGAGACUGUUCUAUGCUAGCUCCUAGGCCAGAGAUAUUUAAAGGUUUUCCUAGGAAGCAAAGGGGUCCCAAUUGGAAGAGUUAAAGUAAAAGCAUGUUUGGGCUCUCUGGCACCAAAAUAAGUUUAAUAAUCACAAACAGCUCCCACAUUUAGACUGCAUUUUCAAAGUUCAGACACUAAGCAGUUCCAUCUUAGACCCACCUGUGAGUAAAAUGGAAGAAAAUAUGUAAAAUGUAUGUUAGAUCUAAUACAAAAUAUUAAUGAUGCUUUCACCACUCUUUGCAGAGUCAUGAGUGUUGCAAUUAUUUGGUGAUUUGUCUGCUAGGCAAGAAGCUCCGAGCUGUUGAUAUACUCCACACAGCAGAAGGGUCAGACAUUGGUUUUUAACUCAAGCCUUGUGGAGUGGAAAGAAAGGAUUUGGCUCUUAGAGGUAUUCAUUCAUAAAUAUUGGCAGAAAUACUGGAUAAUGGGUAUGUCAGUGGAACAGCCUAUUCUUUAUCUAAUAUUAAUAGAAAUUAGUACUUGUUUUACUGACCUCAGCUGUAUUUUGCCAUAUCACUGACAUUUACGUAAGCUGUGUAAUAAAGUUAAGAGAAUGAAUGACCAGGCAUUACAAUCACAUUUCAUAAAUGUGACAGCUGGGGAAAACCUCAAUGUCCUCUGUCAAUUAAAGUGUCUGUCUUACACUUUCAGUAGGCUUCUUAUCUUCCUUUACAUGAAGCAUUAAUUGAGGUUUUUCUGAAAUUAGCCUUUCCUACCUUCCAUCCAUGCAGUGCUUGGCAGCUGAGGGGAAGAUGUUGCUGAUAUCCAGGUUCAGCUGAUACUAAAUUUGAGUUUGCAGCCUUCAAAGAUAGCUGUUCAGUUCUCAAUUCAGGCACACAGCAAUGAACUGUUUUCUGUGAAUCUGAAAUUUCUGGUGAUGGAGCUGUUCUGGCAGGUGCUGCUGCAGUGUAAUAUCUUGGCCACAUGAGCAUCACUGUUGUCCUUUCUAUAAGUAGAGUAAUUUGACUCCAAAUUAACCACCUCAGCAUGGACCUACUAAUUAUCAUAUCACUGACACCGGCCUUUCUUAUUUUUACUGCAGUGUAGCAGAAGCAAUCCAGGUGGCAAAUGUUUGUGCUCAGUAGCUCCUGGCACAGAUAGUGGUACGAGCAGCUGAGGAUGGUGACCUACCCAGUGCUUUUCUGCUUCAGCCAUGACUGCCAAAUAGCAUUUUGCUGGCAAGCUAAAGAAGCAAAACCUGUGGUUGAAAGUCAUCUCCUUAUCAGUAUUAUCAAAAUAUUUUCUUAACCUAAGAAAAGAGCAGUUUUGAGUUAAACUCUAGAAAAAGAAAAGCUUGAAAGACAUGUGGCUAGAGAGUGCAAUU